AUGAAGAAGCCCACACCCGUCGAGGACUUGGUAAUACCACCGCAAGACAAAAAGAUAUGCGGGACGAUAUGCGUGAGUCAAAUGACAGCAGUGCUGAGCGCUGUGUCACUCGUGUACCUCACAGUGGCCAUAUACAUGCCGUAUACGCACGCGAUCGCAUCAGGUAUCGACCCCACGCCAAUCAUGUGCACCACAACACGAGCCGUCAACAAAGACAACUGCGAUUGGGGCUCCUGUGGCGAGUGGUGCCUUAGCAAAACCCCUGGCGCGUGCAUACAAAUCUACGUAAAUGUUCGCAAAAAUGGAUCGUCGCUAUUGCUAUCCGAAUGCGGGAGUGCUGCUAACAAAACUUGCUAUGGAAUCGACCAAGAGAACGCCAAGAAGUAUCAUUGCAUCCGCGAUGAGUGCAAGAAUCUCACAGGCACUUUCAACUGUACGGAAGGGAAAUGUAUAAACAUAACCGACGCGUUCGAGUGUGCAUUCAGAGAAACAGACCCACCGUUAAAGUGCUCCGGUAGAAGAGGAAAAAUUACUUGUAUAGACGUUCAUGGUUUGUUUUAUUGUAACAGAGGAACUUGUAGAAAGAUACGAACGCCCUACAAUUGCGACAGGCGCUGUGUUGACAUACCGACCCGUAAUAAAAACGUCAUAGUUCUUAGUGGUGAUAGAGUGUUUCUGGCGAAAUGUGCGAAACUGUCCCAAGAAGAAGGGGGGCAAGUGGUCUGGAAUGACUCUGGGGAGGAAGUGUUGAUGUUGUCGUGUCAUGCGGUACACAAUGGCACGUCCGGGGUCGUGGCGGUCGACUGCAUCAAUGCCGCAUUGCUGCCGCGCUCUGACAUAUCAGACUUGACUAAUUUCACAUACCUUCAGUAUUUGUAUACUUCGAAAGCUACGCCUAACCGUCUCAUUGCUCCUUCUGAGGUUGAACUUACUAUGGCCGAACUUAUAUGGCGAAUGCACUAA